UAACAAUCUAAAACAAUGAAAGUUUCAUAUUCUUUAUCCAAACGUUUUCUUUUCUCUAUUUUGGCUAUGCCAUUCUUCAUGAUACAUAGUGUUUCAUCAUUGAACCUUACCAAUGAGUAUCUCAAUCAUAAAUGCCUCCUUGAUCAAGGGAAAUAUAACUCUGGAAGUGAGUACGAGGACAACCUCAACCGUCUCUUUCGUAAAGUUAGUAGUGAUGCUUAUGCUGUGAUCGGUUUCACACACACAAGUAUUGGAACAUCGACUCCCGAUUUUCUUACCAUCACUCUCCAGUGUCGUGGUGACUCUAUUGGGUCUAAUUGCCAUACAUGCGCUGACAGCGCAAUCUCGGAGUUUCGUAAGAGAUGUCCGAAGAACAAAGGAGGAAUAAUAUGGUACGACCAAUGUUUUCUCUAUGUUACUACAAUCAAAGAAGAAAUUCCAAUCAAAACUAAUUACGAGAAUAUUUUUUCUAUGUACAACUCAAAUAACGUGAGAGGAGAUGUACAUUUUUUUGCCAAGAGGGUGAUGGAUUUUUUAUCUGAGCUCACACUUAAAGUCGAGAAAACAAUCAAGGGCGUUCACGUCAUAUUAUACGCGGCAGGGGAAAAGAAGCUUGGGAAAAAUAAAUUGUAUGCAAUGGUGCAGUGCAUACAACUAACAUUAGAUUGUAAGAGUUGUUUGGAAUGGAGUAUCAAAGAGCUUUUCAAAAACAGUGACAUUAAACAAGGAGCAAGAGUUUUGGGUACGAAUUGCGGUGUAAGAUAUGAACUAUACCCUUUUCUUAGGAGCUAAGCAGUUUCACUGGUGUGAGUACAUCCUUUUCAUAACUUCUAAUUAUGAGUAUUUUUUACUAUUUUCUUUUGCUGAAAUGUUAUAUUCAUAAAUCAAUAAAAAUAGUUUUUACAAAAACAUAUCCUAAGAAAUUGUUUACGAGAUCAAAAUUGAUUUUGUCAACAAUGAUUUCAAUUGGCUUGGAAUUGUUAAGGCUAUUACUUUGUAGACCUGUGUGAAUACGUUCAUCAGUAUAACUAAGAAGAAGACUAAGUUUGGGUAUAAAAUGGGAUGUACCUAUCUUUUCUGUGCAAGGCAUGUCUCAAAGAUCCAUUAACCAUAAACUCAGUCACAGUCGCCAUACUUUCACCAGGUCCGUUUGGUACAACCCCAUAAAAAGGCCACCACAUUUGGAUGGUGAAGAUUCGCCAAGAUCCUAGCUUCCCUCCAGAAAUCUUUCGUCUGUACAAAUACAUCAGUGUGAAGCUAAUGGAGGAGACACAUGAUACAAACUUGACUUAGAGUUAAACCUGUCGAUCUUGCUCGGAUGAUGUACCAGAGAAACAACUAUUCUUUAUCCUCUUGAUAGCUACAUCAGUCCCUCUCCACUUCCCAUUAUAAACAGUUCCAAACGUCCCAGAUCCUAGCUCACGUAAGUCCUUAAGAUCUGUAUUCUUUAUAAUCUGAACUUACAAAGACCAAAGUCAACGACAAACAACAUUUACAACAGAACCAACUGUCUGAAAACUUUUUUUCACCUGUAAGUUAUGGAUUCCAGCUUCUCCAAUUGUAUAUUUUUUCCUUUACCAUAUUUUUCCUGCAUAAUAAAUAGAUAUCAUCACAGCCACACAAAGAAACUCUACUAGAAAAAGAAAGAAAAAAACAAAGUUACCUCCAUUCUAGACAUAGAACAAACACUUGUGCUCUCUCCUUCUCUUGUAUAGGAGUUGUUAUCAUUUGACUUUAUAUUAAUUACAUGAGGAACAAUAGUGGCAUCGUUUGUGACAUCCUCAACUAUGACCCUUGGACCGAGCAGAAUCUUCUUGCAAAGAACAUCAAAUGAUCUCUGUGUACGUGGGAAUACAUCAAGAUUGCCUUCUCUAACCAAACAAUCAGCAAGAUUCUCGUUGGUAUUGGUGGAUAAAGAGAACACGGGGCUUCCUGAGUCUUGCGAACCCGAUGGAAGCAAUCCUGACGACUCUAUGGUAAUAAGGCCUGAAGGAGCUACUAGUUUCACUUAUAACUCCAUGUUGUUUUGAAGCUAGAUCAAAGGAGCUAGGAUCCUCAUGGUUCAUCUAUUCUUGAACUUCUGUGGUGAGUUGAGUCUCGUUUAUUCCUAGUUCUGGAUUAUUGAACGAGAAGUCACUCUCUUCCCAUUUCUCUGAACCAAAAGACAUAGCCAGAGAAGGUGACUUCUCUCUCACCAUUUGCCAUGGAGGUUUGGGGAUUGCUUCUAACCGGUUGUCUAUUUGGCUCUCUUCCUGCAACUGUUGAUCAGAAACAGCUUUUUUCCUUAGCAUCGGUUUCCCAGACCUGGUAUAGGCUGGACCGGUUUGAGGAUUAGUAAAACCAUUCCCACUUGGGCUCCUGUGAAAUUUCCCGUCAGGAUGGUUCGUCUCCAACAAGAAACGGUUCUGCUGUAGAAAUUUUGGAGCAACCAUCAAAGGGAAGUUAUUGUCAUAGAUUCCAUAUGGAUUAACGAAGAUAGAUUCUACCAACUGUACAUCACACAUGAAUUAGUAAAUUUGGUAUAUUUCAACCCGUAGAUGAAAGACAUGCCGAUUAAAUGUAAGAGAAAUUUUAUAUGAUAUCCUCUUUUUGUUUCUUUUCACCGAAAGCCCCUCCUAGGGAUGACGAAAACGAGUUUCAUUAAAAAUUAAAUAUACAUUUUUUUUUUGUAACUGAAAAAUUAAAUACAUAUUUAAGAUUAGUUAAUCAAGAUUUGAUAUUUAGAAUUAAAGGGUGAAAUUUUGGAGGCAAAGUUUAAAAUUUAUUUUUUUUCAAAAAUAAAUAAAUAAAUAUUAAAACUUUCAAAAUAAAAAUUUUAAAAUAUAUUUUCAAAAGCAUUUACGAAUUUAAAAAACGAAAUUUGAAAAAAGUUUGAAAGUUUCUUUGAAAAAGAAUUAAAAAUUUCGAACUUGAGCAUAUAAUCCAAAAAAUUUAUUAUUUUUUAUUUUUAAUCAUUUAUUUUUUAUUUAUAUUUAUAUAUUCAUAAUGCAAGAUAUAUAAAUAUUUUUUUCCUCUUCAAUGAAACAUUUUUAGACAUUUUUUAUUUUUUUCCGAGCUCUUUUUAUAACAAAAAAUUAGAUUAUUUGAAAGAGUUGCCCUAAAUAUAAACGUCGAUAAUAGAAGACCAGUGCAUAAAGUUUAGACGUCUUUAUUUACUGUCUUUCUGAAUGUAAGAGUAAUUGUAGAGUGUAUACUCUGAUGAGGUAGAUGAAUUUACAUACGCUAUAUUUAGUAUUCUAAAUCCAACAGAUUAUUGUGUUUUCAGUUGAUUUACAUUUCCAAAAUGUCAUAUAUGGUAUUUUGAUAAUAAUUUCAUCACAGAAAUAAUUUUUUUAUAAGUUUACAUAUAUGUUAAUAUCAUGUUUAAUAAUUUUCCAAAUUCUUUCAGUAUUUCUAUAAAUUGAUAUAAUUGUUUUAGACAAUGUAUGGAUAUUAGAUUAGAUUAGAUUAAUUACACUGAUUAGUGAAAUUCUCGACAUUUAAUAUGUUUUUCAGUUUAGCAGUUAAUAUAAAAUAGUACUUUGCAUUUAAUAAAAAGAUCUAUGCCUUACAAAAUAUAUUUGUUUUAUAAGAUAUUAUUUUUUACAUGUUCAAUACAGUUCUAUUAAAUAAUAACGGUAAAC